UCAUCUGUUUAAGGAUUUACAUUUUCGCAAGUUAAUUAUUAAAUAUGUCGGUGCGAUUAGACGAUUUUCUCUGCCGAGUUUGCCUUCAGCAGGAUGAACUACUAGUGGACAUCUACGAAACUGUGGAGGAACUGCAAAUGGAUCUGUGCACUUUGCUAGAGACUUGUGGCGACAUCAAAGUGGAUCACAGGGACAUACAUCUUAAGUAUCUGUGCCAGGAGUGCACCAACGAGCUACUUAUCGCAGCCAAGUUUCGCAAGAAGUGCGCGGAGGCCGAGAAAAAGUUACUCGAUAAGACUACCAAGAUGAAUAUGGAACCUGUGGUUUCGAAGGAAAUCAUAAUUUUCGAUCCGAGCGACUAUAUGGAAUCCGCUGGGGAGGAUGAAAUAAUACCCGCUGAUGCUUCCGGCUGCAACUGUCAUUAUUGUGGUGCAGUUUUUCGGCAAUCCGCAGCACUACGUCGGCACGUAGAAAAAGUCCAUGCCUCAGUUACCAUAUACGAUUGUGAGAAAUGUGGCGGAUUCUACACUGAGCAUGCUAGCUAUCAGAACCACAAUUGCUCAACUGGAUCCAAGAAGAACGUCCAGCACAGGUGCAGGGAGUGCGGUAAGCGCCUAAAGUCUGCCUCCAGUUUAGCUGUCCACAUGCGCCUGCAUAGCGAUGAGAGGCCCUUCACCUGCGACUUGUGUCCCAAGAGCUUUAGGACAAAUGGAUCCCUGUUAGCCCACCGAAAGCGACACCAGCAGCUGCUGCAACAUGAGUGCCCCCAUUGUGGCCGUGCCUUUGGAGAGUCCAGCAACUUGCGGCGUCAUAUAAUGUCUCGGCACACGGACGAACGUCCACAUCCAUGUACCAUCUGCCAGCGUAGCUUCUCCAGAGUCUAUCUACUUGAAUUGCACCUUCGGACGCACACUGGUGAGCGACCCUACGCAUGUGACUAUUGCGACAAAAGGUUUGCCCAGUUAGGAGUCCUUAAAAGCCACGAGAGGAUUCACACCGGCGAACGGCUACACCGCUGCCAAGUGUGCGAAAAAACCUUUACAAGGGCGGGACAACUCCGAAAGCACGAGAUUCGUCACGAAACCGGACAAUGAUAAUCUGCAG